AUGAAUAAUGUCAUUUGGAACGAUGGGCAGAUGGAUGUUACGAAACUAGGAUUACAAGCGUACUACAAUUGGACGAAUUGGUUCUUGACUCGUGAAACUACAGAGAUUGAUAAUCUCCAACCCAAUUUGACAGAGGUUACUAACCGUGUCCCUGAGCUUGCUGAGAAUGCAACUGAUUCCCAGAGAGUUGCGAGCAAGGAGGCGGAGAAGAAAGAUUGCAAGGCUGCGUAUUGUAUUCAAUCAGCGAUAGACUCAGAGAAUUUCGACAAGAUCUCUUAUGCUGAAUCGGUGAAGGAGACUUUGAGAUGGCAAUAUGAAUUUCUGCAUAUGGGAGAAGAUGAAAAGAUUGCAGGCUAUGUGUCGAAUAUGCAGAAUCUCAUCCAUCUCAUGAAGGGUUGCGGUGAAACUAUAACUGAUAAGAUGAUAGUUGAGAAGGCUCAAACAUGGAAGAAGCAUGAUAGUUCCAAAAAGUUCAAAGGCAAAGGAUACAAGACUCAGAGUAAGAAGUCUUGGUCGAACCCUCACAAGAACAAGGUCGAUGAUAGGACUUUUAAAUCCUUAAAUAAAGGAGAAGAAAACUCAUAUCAGAAAGACAAAGAAGAGAAAAAAUUUGUGGAGUUCUAUAAUUGUGAAAAGUGGGUUCACUUGGCCAAGAAUUGUUGGAACAAAAAAUACAAGGGAGCGACAAAAAGCAAGGAUGAAGGAGCAAAUCUUGCACGCCAAGAUUCAAAUGAUUUUGAAGAUAUGGUGGUUAUGGAUGUAGUUGCAGAUGACCAUGUCGACUCCAGAACCUGGUUCCUCGACUCUGGCUUCUUGAAUCACAUGACUAGUCGAAAGGUGUGGUUGGUAGAUUUCGACGAGUCGAAGAAGAGCAAGGUCAAACUUUCUAAUAAUAGCUCGUUACAAGCAGAAGGUACUGGCGACAUUGAUAUUUAA